AUGCGACAGAUUGUCAAUUCACCCCGUAUUCAUUCCGAUCGGGCUGCCAUGAUAGCAUCCGAAAGCGAUUCGCCAACAGCCUCGCACCAGCAAAGCGCCCCAGAUGCCCCUACAUCAGAAGAACCGUCAGCGAAAUUCACGCCUCUCGCAUCCGAAGAGGCAGCUGCUCGCAAAGCCCGUAUGAAUGCCGAUCUCAUCGACGCCUUCAAAACCCCUUGUCCGCCUGGUACAACUCCAUACGUAACAGGCAUCGGUCUAUACACCCACGUCGAGGGUCCGCCCCGGGCUCCCCUAUAUCAUGGCGAGAAGCCGCAACCGCAGCAAGAGUUCUUUCCCGUGCGGAUACCAAAGCAUAGCGGAAGCCGCAUCUCACAGCUGGACGAACUAGUUGGAAAGCUAUGGGAGCAACUUGAAAAGGCUGUUGAAGAAGAGGAAGAGAUUGUUGGCAAGACUGAGCUUGGGCUUAAGGAGCUCAAGAAACGAUACGGAGGGCUCGAUCCUCCAAAGAACUCGCGGCCACCAGUACAGUACAUUCAGCAGCAGCAUGAUGGGUUACAGAAAGACACAGCGGCUCAAGGCGGUACAACGGCAGGUGCGGGGAAUAUGAAUCCACCGCUAUAUGGGCGUAUCCAAUCGCUAGCAGGAGGAGUGGCCAGUCUCGCAGUGAGAGAUGAGGAUGUGAGCAUGGGAGGCGCUGAGGUAGAGCGAGGCAGGCCCCAGACUACUCACUCCACUACGGCCUUUUACGGUCCAGAUCCGCGCAGACAAAACCGUUAG